AUGGCGGCCGGUUGUGUUCAAACAAGCUCUGUUGGUUUCCUUAAAAACAACUUAAAUGAAUGGGAUCUUGAUGAAAUUUUCCGCUAUAAAGACAAUGAAUGCUUCGUCUUUGAUAGAAAGCGUAUUAGAUGGACGGAUAACCUUGAAAUGAUGAAAAUAUUCACCAAAUGUGCCAUUGCUCAGACAGGCAUAUGGUCGUCACCCGGAGGCAAAUAUAGGCGAUUUACAAGCUCUAAUUCUGAUUUGAUCCUCAGCUGGAAUUACGAGAGAGGUUUUCUAUCAUUCCAAGGGAAAACAGGUGACUGUUUAAAUGAACUUUUUAUUAAUAUUUGUACGAAUAAGGAAAACCCGCCGGCGUAUUAUACGGGCCCAGAGUCAGUCACUUCAAAUACUGCCUCUGAGAACACGCUAGAUAAAAACAAAUCGUUGUAUGAUGGACAAAAUGAGCAUAAAAUACCCAGUGACCAUGGUAAAGUCAAUACUAAAAAUGUGUCACUCCCAAUAUCCCAAAUAUCCUGCGAUUACUCAACACUUGAUGAGCUGCAAGAUUUCAUUGAGCAAUCGUUUCAAAACGUGAUGUCGCAGAACAAUAACAGUAUGCCUUCUGCACAAGUUAAUGAUUGCUCCACCCCACGUCGUAUACAAGUGGAUAGUAACUCGGCUACUAUAGAGGAACAGUUCACUUUGUUUAUAGAAAAAAUUGAAUCGAAG